UGCCUGUGCGAUGGGAUCCACUGGUCUCUGGCGACGGUGAAGUAGAAAAGAAUCAGUGCUUGUGAGCGGGUAAGUAAAUUCCGGUUCUUAGUCAGAUCGAGCGUACAUUUCGACUGCUCGCGGUGGGCUAGGAUGUGUAAGUCGAAUCACCCGUCGGGUUGUGGCAGGAUAGGAAGGUCGAGUUGAGGAUUGCUGAUUGGGUAGGUACCCCGCUUCGUACGGGAAGCAGGCGUGUUUGGUGCCUCAUCCUUGUGGGGGUUGUCUGUUGCUGCGCCGCACCGCCUCCAUACUCGUACAGGUGCCUUUAGGUUCCGGUGUUGUCGUGGCUCAUCAUCUGUCCCUUCCCAUUCCUGAGUACAUCUGGGGGCUGUACAGAUGUCCUAUCAAUUACGAUCCAGAAAACGACCACAUAGCGUGGAUAGGGAUGCUCUCGCAGGGAAACGGCACCCUACUCCGGAUCUAGCGCUGGAAGAGCCUUUGCAGCCUUAUGAGUACCAGCCGCUCGACCACAAGGCACAGGAAAUCAGACUUCUGAGGUUACUGCCGGCUGGAAACCCGGACGAGGAGAUUGAGAUUCAGAUAUUUCAUGCGCGGCUUAUUGAACCAGAGAGAGCGCUAGAUACGAGACUUGGAUUUGAAGAGUUGGAGAAGACGUUGCCACCAGGGUGGGAGCUGCACACGACCUUGGAGAAUGGUCGCUACAUAUUCCAGGAGGAAGACAGUUUGGAAACGCAAUGGACCCAUCCCAAUCCGGAGAUCGACCAGGGGUUAUAUCAUUGCGCAUCGGUUAUGGAUCCUUACUCUGAUUUUAAGCCUGCGUAUGAAGCACUCUCUUACUGUUGGGGAGAGAACCACAUCACGGCGAAAGCGCGGGUUCUACCUAUGAAGACAGGCAGAACAACAACACUUGAGCUACGGCCAAAUCUAGCGCUUGCUUUGAAGCACUUACGCCAAGAUACUAGCCCUCGUAUACUCUGGAUCGAUGCAAUCUGUAUUGAUCAAACGAACGUGUCCGAGCGUAAUCAUGAGGUGAAGAAAAUGGAUACAAUUUACAAGCUCGCUCAAAGGGUAGUCGUUUGGCUGGGUCCAGCGAGUGAGUCGAGCACCAGAGGUUUAGAAUUGCUUGCAGCUCUAGGGGAAAAGAUUGUCAUUACAUCGGAUUUGUAUAAUCUAGACGCACCGAUAGCCAACAGAGAGAACUCUUCGAACUCAUUCGUCGAGGAUGUUCACAAACGGUUCGAAACUUUCGAGGCCGAUCAGCAAGCCCCAUACGACUCAGACCAUCUCCAGGCUAUACUGGAUAUUCUUUCUCGGCCGUGGUGGGGCAGAUUAUGUGAGUACUCCUAUCUACAUAAAGACAUCCUCUGCAGCAUCCAGGCUCAGAUGGGAUAUGAAUCAACUUCAAAACAUUGGUUAGGCAUUCGUUUGAAAUUGACAAAUUGGAUUUGGCAGGAAAUUUGUCUCGCCAACUCGCGGAGUAUAGUGCAGAGCGGAUCAAACUUCAAGUUGUGGGUGGAUUUACGGAAGGCGAUCCUGUUUUUGGCCAGCAAGUUGCCACAGGGACUCAAAACGACGGAAUUUGUACAUUUCUUGGACCGGGGCAACAAUCUUGCCGUUUGCAGCGGUCCGCAAGAUGAUCUGUUGUAUAUUCUUCAACAGACGAGAUUUGCAGAGCAUGCUAAUCUGCAUGAUCGCGUUUUCGCCCUCCUUGGCAUGGCCGACCCCGAGAACGCAGCGUUGAUAAAUGCGGACUACAGUCGACCUGUGUACGAAGUAUUCCGAGAUGUUUGCUCUGCUCACUUACAGUUAUAUAGGGAUUUCAAUUUCUUGAGGUAUUGCGAAUUAUCUACUCACGGACAAAAUUCUGGCCAUCCCUCAUGGGUACCGAAUUGGUCUGCGUGGCGUCCUGUUCAUAUUUUCGGUUCGCAGGAUGCGUCCGGAAAAUCGCAGGCCCUAAUUGAUGCUCUAAAUGGUUCGCGCCUCAAAGUUGAUGGUGUGUUGUGCGGAAUUGUGGAAGAAGUGAGCCAUGUGGCACCAUUAGAAGGACACCUGCGCGAGACUACGCGGAUUUGGGAACAAUUGGUGGCAAAGAACGACCCGCAAAGAAUAGAGCGAUUUGUAGAGACCUUGUCAUGCGAUGAAACCAAGGAAGCCUGGCCCAAUUAUUUUCAAUAUCCAAGCUGCGAGCAGUACAAGGUGGCCUACUACAAUAAUGACGAGGAGCCGAUCGUUUCUGAUUCAGUCCGAGGUCGUUCUGUCUUCAUAUGCGACGAUGAACGGAUGGGGAUAUGCCCUGCAGGGGCUAAGGCAGGUGACCUGCUCGUCGCCGUUCUCGGGUGUGAAAGCCCGGUUAUACUUCGUAAAUGUCCUUCGGAUCACGAGCCAGCAACUUAUGUGGUAGUAGGCGUUGCAUUCGUCAGCAGUCUCAAGCACUCGGCAGCUUUGUUAGGAUCUUUGCCUUACCCAUUUCGAGCAUCCACGGCAACGGACUGGGAAGGUUGUGUUAUGCCAGAGUUCAAGGAUCUGGACAAUGGCACGAUUACCUACGAUGAUCCGCGACUGGGCCCUCUGCCAAAGGGCUGGAUAUAUGCCAAGGACUUCAACGAAGACCAGCUAGAGGCCAGGGUUUUUAAGAGCAGGGAAACUGGGAAUGUAACUUAUUUUGAUCCUAGACUGACACCGGAAGAACUUCGCAAGAGGGGGACUAAAGUAGAAGAGUUCAUUCUUGUAUAGGUGUCUGCUCGGGGCUGGAUUUCUUCUGUAGCAUUUGGUCCUCUGUACAUCAUACGUAAUGUCGUUUUGAUAUAGGAAACGCCAAUGGAACGUCAGCAGAUGUGCCGUGCAUGAAA